AUGAGUGAAACAAAGGUUUGUUAAUGCUGGUAAGAUAUUGACUUAUAUUUGAGUUUGGAAGAAGUUUUGGCUAGUAAUUAUUUGCUUCAUUCUCUCUAUUGUGAACGUAACAUUAUAAAAUGUGAAAUCUGUGAUCAAAGAAUAGAUAUGAAUGAAAAAGAUGUUCAUAUGUAGAAUCAUUAGAAAGUAUAGAUGAAUAUAUAUGAUUAGACUGAAUGUCCUUAUUGCUUAUAAAUGUUUGAAUAAGUACUUUUAGAAAUGCAUAAGAAUAAUUGUCCUAAUAAGCCAGAGAAAUGUGGAUUUUGUGAUUUAAUGAUAAAUAUGAGUGAGAUGCCAAGACAUUAAGCAAAGUGUGGUUCUAGAACUGAAUAAUGUAAAAUUUGUAAAAAGCAUAUACAAAAAAGAGGUAAAUAUAUAACUUGAUUUUUUAGAGUUGAAUCUACAUAUAAGCAUUUGUGGAUAAGGAGAGAAAAAAGAAUCUUCUAAAAGAAAUAGAUUAAAACGUAUAACAAGUGAAUCAGGUUCUGAUGCAUCUGUAUAAGAAAUAAAGCAGAAUACUAAAAGAAAACCAUAGAAAUAGAUUAAAUAGUAAUCAAAAUAAAAAGAAUAAAUAUUGACAGAAUAUAAUGAUGAUGACGAUUAGGAAUUCUAAGAGGCUUUGUAAAUGAGUCUGAAUUAAAAAUGAAUUAAUAAAACUCAAGUUUGUGUAUACGUUUUAGAGCUAUAAGAGAACAUCGGCAUUUAUCUCAUCCCAUUCAUUAAACUCCGAAACCAUAAUUAUGGCGAAGUUUCAGCAUACCUAGAUUCUUUUCUUUCUCUUCAGUGAAAAAAUUUCCAAAAUUGCCUGAAAGAAUGAGAAGAAAAAGUUGUCAUUGCAAUCAAUGUGGUAAUCUAACUACAUUAGAAUACAGAAAUAUGAGUGUUCCAUUCAUUAAAAAGAUUGCACGUUUAAGAAAAUAACCAUCCAUGAAUAAUAAUCGAUUGUUGACAGCAUAAAAUACAAGUAAGCAUUAGUAUUAAUUAGAAAAACUAUUCAGAAAAUAUUCAGCAUCUAGACAUGAUACACUAACCUCUACUUCUUCUUCUUAACUUCUACUUACAACUCUUCGUAGAGCUUCUGCUAGAAGUACUGAAAAAUUGAUAGAGGAUACCUAAAUCCGUAUCUUUGAACCACCUAAAUCUUGUAGAAGUCAUCUUUUAUCAAAUCCAUAAUCAGAAGAGAUUAAAAGCAUUACACUUCAAAUUCCAAAAUCUUAUAGAGUUAUCAAAACAUAACCUUAAGAAAAUCAAAAUAUUAAAUUAAUUCACACUAGAAGCAUGCCUAAGAUCUAUUCAAGAAACUUUCUUAACAAUUAUUUAACUAAAUAUAAGAAAAAGAAAACCAUUUGUCAUUUAUAAAAAAAUUGA